CUCGGGCCACGUGAGGGUCGAGUCACGCGAUUUCCGGGAACCCGUCAGGAAGGGACAUAAACAAACAAACCCGGGGCCGCAUGGAGGGGCCGGGCCGGGGCUCGCCGGGCUGCGGCCCCCGCUGAACGCCAAGCUGACAAAUAGAAAAGCUCCAUCAGGGUGAACUGAAGUUAUCCUAAGGAAAAAUUUCAUUGCAUGGAUAGUAUAAACACCCUGAGACUGAAGUAAAGCUGGAAAGGAAUCGACAAGUGAAUAAAACAAGAAGUUUGGAAUUGGAUUUGGGGAAUCUGGGCUUGGAAAUGCCUCAGGGUCCCUGUAGUGUCUGUGGUGGAAGCUGUGGUGCUGCUCUUGGUGCUGUGUUUGUUCAAGCUUCAGCCACGUUGUCGCUUGGUGAGGGAGGAUGCCUGGAGAGCAGAACAGCCUUUUAUUACUGCAGUGAUUCACACUCAGCACACUGAAUGACUUUCAGCAGCACAGUGUUUCUCCCUUCCCAACCCUCAGGGUGAGAGUGUCUAGAAGAGAAAUUGAGGUCUGGAAUUAAAUGUAGCAGAAGGCCUUGCUGCCCAUUCCCUGCAUGCCCAGUCAUCCUGCAUAAUGCUUUUUUUGCCAAAUUUCACUUCGUUCUUGAGAAAGAGCCCAGUGUGAGUGGAAUGGACCCUCCUUUUGGGGAUGCCUUUCGGAGCCACCUGUUUUCAGAGCAGACUCUGAUGAGCACAGAUCUCCUGGCGAGCAGCUCGGAUCCAGACUUCAUGUAUGAACUGGACAGAGAAAUGGACUAUCAGCAAAGCUCCAGGGACAACUUGCUUUUGAUGGAGGACUGCAAAGACCUCGAGAACUUGGAGUCUUUUACGGACAUCCUGGACAAAGAAGCUGCUUUCACUUCCAAGUGGGAGCAGUGGGAUACCUACUGUGAAGACCUAACUAAGUACACUAAAUUAACCAGCUGUGACAUCUGGGGAACAAAAGAGGUGGAUUACCUGGGCCUUGAUGACUUCUCAAGCCCGUACCAGGAUGAAGAGGUGAUCAGCAAAACACCCACACUGGCUCAGCUGAACAGUGAGGACUCCCAGCCUGUCUCAGAUUCACUCUAUUACCCUGAUUUGCUCUUUAGUGUAAAACAAAACCCUUUAAAUUCUUUAUUACCUGGCAAAAAAAUCGCGAGCAGAGCCGCGGCGCCAGUCUGUUCCUCCAAGAACGUGCAGGCCGAGGCCGCGCUGUCGGACUGUGCCCAGAAGGCCAGCAAGCCUGGCAGCCAGCCUGCUUCCAGCACACAGAUCAUGGCCAAGACCAACGUGUACAGCAGUGAAAAGGUGAACAUUCACGUUGAAUGUAAAGACUACGUUAAAAAAGCAAAAGUAAAGAUCAACCCCUUGCCGCAGAGCAGGCCCGUGCUGAGCCAGGCGCACGCUGACGCAGCCAAGGAAAACACCUGCUACUGUGGGGCUGUAGCAAAGAGACAAGAGAGAAAAGGACUCGAGUCCCCCCAUGGUCACAGUACAACUCCUGGUUUGCCUUUUAAAGAGACUCAAGAGCUGCUCCUCAGCCCUCCCCAGGAGAGCCCAGGGCUGGCAGGGGGGGAGAGCAGCCUUUCCGCCAGCACGUCCGUGUCGGACUCCUCGCAGAAGAAGGAAGAGCACAAUUAUUCUCUUUUUGUAACAGACACUUUGGGUGAACAGUCAGCCAAAGCAGACCCCGAGGAAGAGGAGGAGGAUGAGGAUGAUAUUGAAGAUGAGGACCACGAUGAAGGAUUUGGCAGUGAGCACGAGCUGUCUGAAAACGAUGAUGAGGAAGAAGAUUACGAGGACGAUAAGGACGAUGACAUCAGCGAUACCUUCUCAGAACCAGGGUAUGAAAACGAUUCUGUGGAGGAUUUAAAAGAAAUGACAGCGAUAUCCUCUCGGAAAAGAGGCAAGCGAAGAUACUUCUGGGAGUACAGCGAGCAGCUGACGCCGUCCCAGCAGGAGAGGAUGCUGAGGCCAUCCGAGUGGAACCGGGACACCCUGCCCAGCAACAUGUACCAGAAGAAUGGGCUCCAUCAUGGAAAAUAUGCAGCAAAGAAGUCACGGAGGACUGAUGUAGAAGACCUGACUCCCAAUCCCAGAAAGCUCCUGCAGAUUGGUAACGAGCUGAGGAAGCUGAAUAAGGUGAUCAGUGACCUGACACCCGUCAGUGAACUCCCCUUAACUGCCAGACCCAGGUCGAGGAAAGAAAAGAACAAGUUGGCUUCCAGGGCUUGUAGACUAAAAAAGAAAGCCCAGUAUGAAGCCAAUAAAGUAAAACUCUGGGGUCUCAACACGGAAUAUGAUAAUUUACUCUUUGUCAUCAACUCCAUUAAACAAGAAAUAGUUAAUCGGGUGCAGGUACCUAAAGAUGACAGAGGAACCAACAUGGAGCAAAAGUUGAACAUACUUAUUAAAGACACUCUUGGACUUCCUGUAGCUGGACAGACGUCGGAGUUUGUGAACCAGGUCCUGGAGAAGACAGCAGAGGGAGACCCCACGGGCGGCCUCGUGGGGCUCCGGAUACCCACGGCCAAGGUUUAGGGCAGCACUGGAGCUGCUCCCGGGUCAGGUUCCGCCCGUGCUGUCGAGUUCCUCGUUGUAAAUGGCAUUCUGGUCUGCAUGUCAGCUUAGCAUUCUGUAAACACUCACCUGUAGGUUCCAUUGGUUUCAAGUAACUCUGUAGGAAAGCAAAUCACAGCGUGGUAGAAAAUGCUGCAGAGCAUUUUUGGACCAUAAACCAGAUAGUUUCAAAGCUGCUUUAAAGCUCAAGGGCAGAAAUGAGAGUUCUCUUUCAAAUGAUCUAGGACCAGAAUAUAUCACUUUUGUUUGAGAAGCAAAAACUUGGGUUUGCUAGUGAAAAUAUUCAGCAUUUGCCAGACAUUGUGACAGGUUUAUGGUCCAAGUGAAGUAAGAGGAAGCAUUUUUUUUUGGUGAAGCUAUCAAUGUAGGGAGUUUUUCUGUUUUGUUUUUUUUUUAUUAUUAUUAUUUUUAAAUAUUUGGAUUUUCUUUUCUUGUUCUUAAAAAAAAACAGUAAGCUUUCUUUGCAACCAUUAACUUGUACAUAGCACACACAGCAUUAGAGCUAGUGUGCCAUAUAAGACUUUAAUUUUCUGAGCUUAAUAGAGUAUUUAAAUGUCUGUGCAAGCAAGAGAAAAAAAAAGUAUAUUCUUUGUGCCUUGUAUUUUGUGGGGAGAGCUAUCAGUAUAAGCUGGUAAAGUUUUGUAUGAAGAAAACCCUGAGGGGAAAAACCGAGCUGUAUAGAUGGUGAGAUUUUAGGUUUUAAUGUAUUUGUUCCAGCUCUUAAAAUUUUUUGAAUGUAUAUAGGAAUAUGUUGAAAAUGUAGAUAUAUGCCACAGAGUCUAUGUAUUGUAUAAAAGAUGGCUCUAGAAAACUCAAUUUCGGUACUUUGGCCGGAAGAAAACAAAUACUUGCACAUUAAUGCGAUUGUUUAUUUUUGUACCAAAGACAAAUGCAACUGAUAUGGCGAACUGCCAGUCUAAGUAAAGUUUUGCACAGCUUAUAUGAUACUGUACUGAAUGUAAAAACAAAAGAAAAAAAGAAAAAAAAUUAAAGGUCAGGGUUAGGGAUCUUACUGAACUGUGAAUUUUUUUGUUUGGGUCCAAUUAUCUACAGAAGGAGCAUUCAUACAUAACAAUAUUAUUUUGCUGUUCUUGUAGUUCGCUUCCAUGGUAGAUAAGUUGGUGGCCGUCUUGGAGUCUUUAAAUCUUUUUUCUCUGCACUUACUGUAGGAGAUUUUAAUAUAUUUGGAUUUUAGUAAGCUAUUGGUAAAAUAGUUUUCGACUUUGAGAAUUUAAAAAAAAAAAAAGUAUUUAGCUUGUUGUAGUAUACUUCCACCAAACAACCAAAAUAAAAUUAUUUUUAUUGUAACGUGUAUAUAUGUAAAGAGGAAAAAAAAAAGAGCUACAAAUAUCUAAUUCCUUAGUUGCCACUUUUCCAGUUGAUGUAUUAUUAUGCAUGUGAUGUUUCCAAGGAUCAACACAGGCUUCAAACAAAACAAAACAAAAAAAAAUUUAUAGACUUUUAUAUUUUUGUACAGGUAUUUCGAAACUAGCUUCUUCAGACUUAUAUGUGACUUAUUCUUGUUAAUUCAGUAGUUUCUAUGAUUGAGGAAUAUUAACACAAAGUUCUUAUUUGCUCUUCUGCUAAUAAGAGUUGGCUUUGUAGUCAGUGUUAAUGUACAGAUUAAAAGCUUUAGCCUUUGAUGAGAAAGUCCUUUAUCUCAAGGCAAGAUCAUUCUCUGGUUUCAUGGACCCCCCACUCCUUUUCCUCCCUGUUCUUUCUCUCCCUAUUUAAAGAUGACAAAACACUGUUUACUGAAAAUAGAAAUACCAAAUAUUUUCAAAUGUAGCUGCUGAAAAAAAAAAAAAAAUGCAAAAGUCCAUGAAGGCUUUCUCCCCACUCCCUUUGGGGAAUUUCUCCACUUUGUUUCUAGUUUGUCUAAGUUUGUUUGUACUGUGAUUCCUUUUUGUUUAUAAGUAGAUUAUUUUUAUAUCCAAGCUUGUGCUAUAAGAGAAAAAAGCCUGAAUUGGUAACAGUGCAGGAAGAGUGGCCGGUGAAAGUGAUGGCCCUGCCCCACUCACAGCUUCCUUUGUUCUAAAUAUUUUGGAAGACUCAAAAGGGAGGAGGAGGCCAAAAUACCACUACUGAGCUGUACAGAAAGUCUUUCCUACAAGAGACUGAACAAAUACCCAGGGCAAUUUAGGCAAAACUUUGUAAAUCCACUUAAGGCUUGCAAAAUCCGAGUGGAAUGUGGGUGUUUUCCUUUGAGGCGUUUGUGUUGUAGUCGUUGUUGUUCGGGUGAGGUGAAGAGUUGGCUGCUGCUUUCCACGGUGGCUCUGGUGUAUUCCUCUUGUUCUUGUGGAGGUGCCCAGAGCCCCAAAAACCCCGACAGAGAAUGUGUCCUGUGAGGUUCAGGCUGUGCCUGGGCAGGGCUGGCACGCUGAGCUUGUCCCUGUGCUCCAUCCAAACCCUGCGGGCGAGCCAGCCUCUCUGAACAUUGAGAGAGAGCAGUUUGGAAUCAGGUAAAAACUUCUGGGACAAAUUCAACUGACAAAGUAUUUAAAAGCCCCCCCCCCCCCCCCCCCCCCCCGUUUUUUUUUUGCUGCCUGGGAAUUCUGGGCAACACACAACUUUAUAGCUUUUUAUUUUUGUCUGAAAACCAGACUAUGAUUUUGGUCUCGCAUUUCAAAGUAGACUUUGAAUCUUUAGUGAGUUCCAUACCCUCGCAUUUCAGUGUUUCCUAUGUAUUAUUUUAAGUUAAAGCUUUGAAAUAGUUGAGCUUUUUAAUGUUGACACUUUAUUUUGUAACUAUUUAUAUGUAUGUACAUCUUAGAAAAGCACUUUGUUUAAAAAAAAAAAAAGAGGAAAAAGAAAAAAAAAAAGAAACUGCGUUUUAUAUGAUUCCUGCCACUUGCUGCUAACUCUGGGCUGGUCAGAAUGCUGCAGCGAUACUUGAGAUAAAUAAAACCUGGCAGUAAAAUGUAGAGUAAAGAUAAGACCUUUUGCUGGUUUAACUUUAUCAUAAAGGUGACAUAGGCAAGCUGUGCAGCUUUACAUUUUAACCAGGGGACUCUGUGGCAUUUAAACCGUCUAGAAAUGGUUGUACUUUAAUGCCAGUAACAAUCUGCUUCCUCUAGUGUCAUUAAAAUAUAUACAUUUAGUGUAUACUUAUCACAAACAAAAAUCUUAUAAGGGUAUAAAAACCAACAAAUGUACAUGUUCUGUUUUUUGGCAAUUGUGGCAUGCGUUUUGGGGUGAUCUUUAGAGAAGACCAUUUUCUAAAGAUUUUCAGUGUUCAUACAUAGUAUGUGGAUCUUAACGAAGUCCUGGGGUUAUUUUUUUGUUUGUUUUUGAGUGUAGGCAUUGUGAAUAUUCACUUUUAAUCCUAUAUCCAAAAACAAUGAUCUAUUUUUUUGAUUUAAUACAACCAGAAGCUCUUCCUUUUUCUGAUACACUGGAUUCUCUAGGAUUUGUUUCCAUAUUAAAAGCAUGCUGUCAUAACUGCUCUUGUCGAGAUCUCGUCAGUCUGAGCGUAGGUGCCACACUUGGAAUCGAUGGGCUGCUUGUUCUGCUGUACCAUGUAUGACCCUCGUCCUUCCCCCCUCCCUUCAUGACAGAUGAUGAUGUGGCUUUAUAUUGUGCCUUACUUGUACAUCUAGAACUAAAUGUUUUUCAUUCCCUCUGAACUCGUCAAAGCUUCUGAGAUGGAAUCAGAGCUGAUGAAAGCGUGCUGGAGCGAGUGCGGUUAGGGCUGAUUUCAGUUUCUCUCAGUAGUCCUUUUGUAUUUCUAUGGAAGACCAGUUUUUGAAUGGCCUUGCAAAACCUGGGGGUGCUCCUGAAGGGUGUUUUUAAACCCAAAACCCCUUUUGCUAACGCUUCCUUUUCUGGUUUAUUGAACACAUUUACUGAUAUUUGGUGAGUACUUUUUGUUUUUGGGAUGAGAGAGACUUAAUACUAAAGCUAUGUUUAUGUGUGGAUGGACUGGAUUUUCUUAUCAUACCAGUUGAAAUAAUUGUGAUUUAAUAAAGUUGCAUUGCUGUAAAGCUGAUGUGAGAGUCAGGCUCAGCUGUGUUCAGUUCCUAAUUUAUAAAUUGACUUUUUUCCAUAUUAAGAGGGCCAGGGAAAAGUUGGGGCUUUUUGAAAAAAAAACAAACAAAAAACCAACCUAAAAUGGAUGAAGGGUCUUUUAACUAACCUAAAAGCAAAAAUACCCUUUGGAAAUACAGAGGUGUCUGUUUAAAAUUUAUUUUUAAAAGACACCCUCCAGUAUUUAUCUAAUAUUUGCCUUCAUUAAUGAAACAGCUUAUUCACAACUAUAAUGACUGGAUGUGCUUUUAUUUUCCAUAAAUAAUUUAAACAUAGCUUUUUUUUUUUUUUUUUUUUUUUUUUUUUUUUUUUUAAAUCUCUAAAAGGUUUUAUCAGGAGAAUUUCCAAGGGUUUGUAUCCAAGCUGCCUCCAGCAGAAAUAGCAAAUGCAGUUCUGUUCCUCAAACGUGUUUGCUUGUCUUCCUGAAAUUCUGCUGAGGCACAACCCAGUUCUGGACCGUGAAUGUCAGGAUCUGUAUUUGGCCUUGAGACCCGAGUUUCAAGAGUGCUUCUAAUCAUGAUUUGAUUUUCUUUUGGAGUUGGAGGCUUCAGUUGGAAUCACCUAGUAAAGUGUGCUGCUAGAUGUGGUCUUGGCUUGUUGACACAGCCUUGCACACAGCUGAGGUUUAUUUUGUUUACCCCAGGGAUUGUGUGAAGUACAUUUCAAACAGUUGCUGCCUCGGUGACUGAUCCUUCUUGUAACUGUAUUAAGGGCAUUAGUCUGUUGAGAAAACACCACUCUUGAAUAUCUCCCAAUGGAAAUUGGGAUUCUUCAAUGUCAUUAAUCAAAGAUGGCACUUUCAGGCUGUAUCUUCUUUGCAGCAAAGAAAAAUCUCUGUCUUUCUACAACUUGCAUUUCACAAUAUGCCAUGUUUUCCCUUCAGUGCUUCUAGAAGGUGUCUUUGCACUGUGAAUAUAAUCCUCAGCCUCUUAGGCAUCCAUGAACUUCCACGGGAGCAAAUACUGACUGCAUUUAUUGUCUUUCUAACGAGCUGUGGAGUUAAAAGUGGAACCAGAGCUCUUUUAAGCCACGCUUCCAUUUUUUUGUUUCCCCCAUAAAAAGAAAUAAAACUCCAAACAUUUUCGAUAACAUCAUUGUUCAGAGUUUUUCUGGAGUUUAAAAUGUUUUGUAGUUGGGUAUCCUUUAAAGUCAAAUUUGGGUGAUUUAACUAGCUCCUGUAAGGAAAACUUCUGGAUUGGAUUUGGUAUUGGAAAAAGCACAUCCCACCCUAUCAAAAUACUCUGAUUAGGAAACAGAAUCUAGUAAGAAAACCUAUUUUAAUCUUUCUUAUAAUGAUGGUUACUCGUACAUUCUGAUUGAAAUCCUCUAUCUU